UUGUCUCAGGGUUUAAAAGCGCGAGCCCGAAUAACGCAGCGAAGUUAAAGGGGUGACUUGCUUUACGUACCGCGUUCCGCACCGAAAACGUAAAAAGUUAGAUGAACAAGUGUCUGCAAAACGAUAGUAAAAGCCAAAACAAAUAGGAGGAUAUAUUAUAGCUUUAUAAGAGGAGCAGGUGCGCAGUGAGUGUGUCACAUCUAUUUAUAGUCAAUAAGAAAAAAACCUGUGGAGUCUCAGUGUUGUGAGGGAACAGCCAUGAUCCUCCUAACUCCAUCCCCUGAUUUAUUCCAGCGUGCCAACAAGGUCUUCCUGAGCGAUCCCACCACAGGGCUCCAGAUCAAAGAGUUUGCACGCAAAAAUGCCGCCAACGCUCUGUCUGUGGCCAACAUGGUCAUGGGCAUGGCCUCCAUCCUCAGCAGCCUUAACGGGCACCAUCACGCGGCCUGCUGGCUGGUUCUGAUUGGCUACCUGCUGGAUCUGGCAGAUGGAGCCGUUGCCAGGCGACUGGAUGCCUGCUCCGCUUUGGGUGCAAAGCUGGAUGACUUUGCCGAUUUCACCACCUUUGGGAUCGCCACCUCGCUGCUGCUGAGGACGCCGGACUUGCUGGACAACGUCCUGUGUAUGUGCUACGUUCUGUCUGUGUUUGUGCGCCUCUGCUUCUUCUCAAGUGGGAUCCCUUUCAUGUACCGCGGGCUGCCCUGCAUCUACUCCUCAGCCAUCCUGGCCAGCGCCUCUCUGCUGUCGGGGGGCGACAUGACCCUGCUGCGGGUCAUCGCGGUGGCAAUGAUCCUCUUUAUGAUCAGCCAUAACUUCUACCCCCAUGACAGAGUCCUGGAGUCCCAGGCCUGGAAGAAAGCGGUUUAUGCGGGAGGCGUGGCCAUGGUGUUCUGCUCCUCCUUCCCCCCUGCGUGUGUAUACUACCUGCUUUGGUCCGUGUCCUACAUUUUAUUUCCCACAUCUCUCUGGAGCAGUAAAGUAUAAAGCAGCGCUGCGCAGACCCGGGCCGGUCCGAACCAGGCCUCCCAGACUGCUGCUGCGGGGCUGAAAACAGGCACACGUCUGUCACGACCUCACCACGCCUCCUCAACUGCAGAGGACCAGAAAGGACGAUAAGGGAGGGCUUUCUUUUUUAUGUCUCUGUUUGGGAUGAUGCUGUCACAGUGCCGAGGUGCGCUGCCUUUUUGUUUAAAAAAAAAUCCACUUUUUAUUCCGUUUAUCAGCCCUUCAAAAGCCUUUUAUCGCCUUUUAGUUUCAAAUCUAGAAUGAUUUUCCAAAGAGAGCCAAACAGAAUGUGGCGUCCCCUUAUUUCAUUUACAUGUUGACACAUUCUUUUGAAUUUUCUGCUCUCGUUUUGGUCCACAUAGAUACAGAACAAACAAAAACAACAACACUCUUUUCAGAUACAUUUUUACUCAUUUGGUCUUUUUUUUUCUCUUGCUGGGAAAUAAUAACUUCUACUUUAUACACCCACCAGGCUUUUCUGAAGAUAAUCUUUCUCAGAUUCAACAAAAAUCUACAAACUGAUGAAGAAUCCAGUUUCAUGUCCCUUUUAAAUUCGUCAACUUAGCAUAAAAAAGUUUCUUUACCUUUCAAGUUUGGAAGUUUGUCCCUGAUUUUGAUCUUCUCUUUCCUGCAAGAGUUUCAGCUUCCUUUUUGGGUGGAAAACUAAAUGUUCAUUCACUGAUGGGGCUUUUCACCACCUAAACUCUACCACACGUUUUUUUUUUUUUUUUUGCUUUGAGAAAUAAGAUACUCUUGUGUUUUUAUGAUGUUGCCUCUGUCUAAAAAAAAUCCUAUUUUAAUCUUCUAUAUUUGACUAAGUUUAUUUAGGUCAUUGCUUGUCUCUGUUUUAGGAGGCUUUAUAGUUUUAGUAGCUUAGUAUGAGUUUCAAAAGGAGAACCCUUGAAAGAGGUCAUGAAAGCCAUCUUUGGCUGCCAUCUAGUGGCUAAAAGAUGCACUUUCCUUGAAAGCGUUUUGCUGCCAUCUAGUGGCUAAAAGAUGCACUGUCCUUGCCUGAUGGGCAAUGGAGGCUAUUGCCGAUAUUUUUAAGACCCACUCCGAUCAUUUUCUGAUAUCUUUUUAAAGGCUUCCUAGUGGUCUUUUAAAAUAUGAACAUGACAUUUUUAAGACCAUUUAAAAAAAAUAAUCGGUGUUGUUUUCUAGAUAUAGUUUUAGUAUUUUCUCAGUCAUCUUUUUUUUGUCUACUCCAGAUUCACAAAAAAUUGAACAAAAAACAGACAAACUCAAAAAUGCAAUUUUAAUCAAAAUUUUGUAUAAAUAUGUCCUCCAUGAAAAAAUUGCUACAAGAACACGCUAAAAAUGCCAUUUUCAUCAGAGUGGGUCUUUAAAAUCUGCAGAGAAUGGUUCUAUAAUUUGAGUGUCAGUAUUUGAAUUGUUAUCAUAUAUUUUUUGUAUGAAGAAUCCACUUUUUGGCAUUGCUUAUUAAGUAUCUAUGCACUGAGACUGAGAAAUGAAGACACAAUAGUUUUCUAGGGCUUUGAUUGACAGCUUGACAGAGAUUCCAGCACAUCCAUGGAUCAUUUUUGACUUCUCAUUUGGAUCCCAGCUUCGCUUAAAAGCAAACACCUGCCCGCUUGUUCUCACAAACCUUUAGCAUUAAUUACAGAUCUGAACCUGUGUAAACUCUAAAGGAAUUCAAAGGAGCAGAAUUAGUUUUUAUUUUUAGGAUUUCUGCUGCCAUGUAGUUUCCACAGAUUUACACUUUGGUUGUUUUGCUUUUUCAAACGCAUUCAGUUGUUUUUUGUGUGUGGGGGGUGCUCUGCUUUGUAAGCUGUACAGUCACAGUGAUGAAUUCGGAGCAUUACAGAGAGAAACUGUACCUUUACCAAAACACAAAGAAAAGAUCCGUGCUUUGAAGUCUGUAUAUUUUGGAAAUAAAGAAGUUUUAAAA